UGGAAAUAUUAGCCUUGUUUACAAACAUUUACUUUUGUUUUCGGCAGAAUACGAAGAUGUGAUGAAACAUGCUAUAAUUUUUUUAAUAAAAAUUAUUAUGCUUUUCUUUCUUUUCCCCCCUUCAAAAUAUUGAAGUUUUCAGCAAAAUGCAAACCAAAAAACAGAGACAUCCUUUUGUUUCUACAUUAAUGGCUGGAGCAGUGGCCGGUUUAUCUGUAGAUUUAUCACUUUAUCCUCUAGACACAAUUAAAACGCGCCUACAGAGCUCUAAUGGUUUUUGGAAGUCUGGUGGUUUUCGUGGCAUUUAUGCAGGAAUCGGCUCAGUUGCUGUUGGAUCUUCACCAGGAUCUGCUGUUUUCUUUUGUACCUAUGAUGCCAUGAAAUGUUUAUGUCAUCAUUUAGGAGCAAGUAGUAAGAAUAGUUUUGUGCAUAUGUUUGCUGCCUCUUGUGGUGAAGUGGCAUCUUGCAUUGUGCGUGUCCCCACUGAAGUUGUGAAGCAGCGAUCUCAAAUUAACUUAAAUCUCUCAAGCUGGGCUAUUUUGAAAGCUACUUUAAAAUCUGAAGGAAUUAAAGGACUAUAUAGAGGCUACUCUAGUACUGUGUUCAGAGAAAUUCCCUUUUCACUCAUUCAGUUUCCCAUAUGGGAAAAACUUAAAGUUGAAUGGUCAGCAAGACAAAAAUAUCCUGUUAAACCAUGGCAAUCUUCCUUUUGUGGUGCCAUUGCUGGCUCUGUAGCAGCAGCCAUGACCACACCAUUAGAUGUUGUUAAGACAAGAAUAAUGCUUGCCAAAAAAGGUACCCAUACAGCUAAAGGCAGUAUAAUUUUGGUAAUGCAGGAUGUAUGGGUUGAAAGUGGAAUUCGUGGAUUAUUCUCUGGAAUAUGCCCUCGAGUAUUGUGGAUUUCUAUUGGAGGAGCAGUAUUCUUUGGUGCUUAUGAAAAGUCAAAAGAAAUAUUCUCAUCUUUAUGAUAGUCAAUGACUAUUAGGUUUCCUAUGAAUUAUAACAUAUGUGAUCAAAGAAAAGAAUAGUUACUUUGUGGUGUUAUCAAAUAUUAUGGAAAGUUUAGACAAUGUCAUGAAAUGUAUACAUAGUUAAAUAAUUUAUCAUAUUGUUCAAUCAUUUUAGGUGACAAAUAAAAUUUUUUAUUAUUCAUA